AUGACUCUCCUAGAUUCAGCCUCGCAGGCUCACAGCAAUUGGGUUGUGCAGAAAUUUGGUGGCACUAGUGUCGGCAAGUUUGCUCUCAAUAUCAUUGAGCAGGUGGUACAACCCAGCCUAGUGGAUAAUAGAGUCGCUGUUGUAUGUUCAGCACGAAGCAGUUCCACAAAAGCCGAGGGCACUACCAACCGGUUAUUGCGAGCCGCACGGGAUGCUGAGAACUCUCAGUCGCGGGAAUACCGAACAUUGGUGGAGGCUGUUCGAUUGGAACAUGUCCAAGUCCUCCAGGACCAGGUGAAGUCACCCGAAAUCAGAGACCAAGUCAUCGCGGAUAUUAGUGGAGAAUGUGAUCGGGUUCUCAAAGUCCUCGAGGCCGCCCAGACUCUCGGAGAGAUCAGCGCACGUUGCGUGGACAAGGUGAUCAGCACCGGCGAGAAGCUCAGCUGCCGUGUGAUGGCUGCCCUGCUGCAAGAUCGUGGGGUUGACUCACAAUAUGUCGAUCUGUCCGAGAUCAUUGAUUUCCCAAUUGGUCACCACGGUCUCGACCAGGACUUUUAUAACACUUUGGCGACGGCCUUUGGCAAAAAGGUCGAGGCCUGCGGGCACCGAGUACCAGUCAUGACCGGAUACUUUGGUACCAUUCCCGGUGGUCUACUGGAUCAGAUUGGUCGUGGAUACACUGAUCUCUGCGCUGCUCUUGUUUCAGUUGGAACCCGCGCCAAGGAGCUCCAGGUGUGGAAGGAAGUUGACGGCAUCUUCACUGCGGACCCUCGCAAGGUGCCGACUGCUCGUCUGCUCUCUGCCAUCACACCCGCCGAAGCCGCUGAAUUGACCUUCUAUGGCUCCGAAGUCAUUCACCCUUUCACCAUGGAACAGGUAAUCCGCGCCAAGAUCCCCAUCCGCAUCAAGAACGUCAUGAACCCGAAGAAUCGGGGCACAAUUAUCUUCCCAGACUCCACGUCCGAACUGGAGAGAACUACACCUGGACACGACCCUCGCCUAUUCCGCACGCGAAGCCCCAGCUUUAUGCAGAGACCGAAGCGGCCGACAGCAGUGACCAUCAAGCACAAGAUUUUGGUCAUCAACGUCCACUCCAACAAGCGGUCCCUCUCACACGGUUUCUUUGCCGGUAUUUUCUCUGUACUGGACAAGUGGCGCCUGUCCAUUGACCUGAUCUCCACCAGUGAGGUCCACGUGUCCCUGGCCCUCCAUUCAGAAGCGCCCCUUUUGAACGGAAACGGACGGGAUGAGUAUCAGGUUAUUGAUGAUGACCUCAAGGGGGCAUUGAAUGAUUUGGGACGUUACGGCACCGUUGACAUCAUCCCUGAGAUGGCCAUCCUCAGUCUGGUGGGUAAACAGAUGAAGAAUAUGAUCGGUGUGGCUGGUCGCAUGUUCACUACUCUCGGGGAGAACAAUGUGAAUAUUGAGAUGAUUUCGCAAGGUGCAAGCGAAAUCAACAUCUCCUGCGUGAUCGAAGAACGCGACGCCGACCGUGCCCUGAACAUCAUCCAUACGAGCAUGUUCACCUUUUUGGAUUAA